CGAAUUGUCAAGGUGUCGCCAACAACAACACAUCCAUAGCAAAAUCGAAAGUAAAUAGAAAAAUAGUGCAAUUUUUCCAUAUUCUGACGACAAAAUGGUAUCGCGUUUCGAUCAGCAAAAAACCAAGCACCAGCUCUUCCAUGUGUCGAUCAGUCUGGCUACCAUAUUGAUAUGCAUGACCUACAUGCAAUAUCGCCGGAAUUGGGCUCAUCUCGGAAGCUUUUGGGACUCCCUGAUUGUUCCGAUUGUGUUUAUUGGUGAACUGCUGAAAGUAAUACUAGCCCGGUUCUUUGGGCGCAUUGAGGACGGCGUGCUAACUGCCAAACAGCGACAGAAAAAAGCUGCAUACUUCACGCCACGCGAACUGCUCGGCGGUCUAACGUUGCAAUUUCUGUGCACACUACUCUACGCAUUUAUUUGCAUCAUUCUGGGUGCACCUGUGCUGGCKAACUAUGARCAGACGUUCGUGUUGUCGCUGCUAAUGACUCUGCUCACAGUUUCACCAACUGUUUUCCUACUCGGCGGCGGAGGCGCUCUGCAAGUGUGCUUCUGUGAGAAGCCAGACUUCAUAACCAAAUGCGAGGACACGGCGCUGCAUUUAUUCAAGUACAAUGCACUUGGCGGCAUUCUGGGCGCCUGGGCUGGCAGUGUGGUGGCUCCGCUGGACUGGGGACGCGACUGGCAGGCCUAUCCC